AUGAACGGCCAGGGGCCCCCCAAAACCGCCGUCAUCCUCGCAACUCCCAUCACGAAUGUCGAGGCAAGCCGCGCGCAGCGGCUGCAGCGCCAACAGUCGCGGUUCCGUGAUCGAGGCGGGAUCUUUGUUCCGAGCAGCAGAAACAUUCUAGCAGACAUCCUGCUAGGCAAAGCCUCGCCACUGAAGAAGCCGCAACGGCGAAGCGUAUCCGCAUCGCCUUUGUGUAACAUUCGACGGAAGAGUGGUGCAGGGAAAGAGGCGUCUCAAGAUGUUGAGCUUACGGCACUCAACGCGUCGCUGAGGAGGAGUCCGGAGAAGCGGCCGAGGAAGUCUGUUUCUGUGUCGGUACAUGGAGCGGGGGCUAAGGGUGAUGGCAAUGGCAGCACAGCUACAAGUGCAGCUGCAGCUGGAAAAGGCGUCAAAGGCACCACAGCACCCCGCAAAUCCCUCGGUGCAAAACCAGUAGCUACUAAACCUGUUCCAUCUACUGAGGCUUCAAAGUCAACCUCCAGUCAAGUUCCUACAAAGGCCACAGCUUCCAAAAAAGCUUCAGGUUCAAGCUCAACGAGAAAAUCAGAGCAGCAGAAGCUCGCGGACGAGGAUAAUUAUCACGUCACCACCUCGAACGCAAAAUCAAAGGCAAAGUUGAAAGCCAAAGCAGCUGCAGCUUCUUCAGGUGCAGCCGAACAAGCGAGCGCAGCUACGAAAAAGCCAGCCAAGAAUGCAACUAAACAACCCCCAACCGCGAUGCGUGGUGAUACCACCACCACCACCGUUGCAUCCACCACCGGGCCCUCGACAUCUAACUCGUCCAAAUCUAACAUCAGCAACACUAUCCCAUCCCAGAUCAUCCCAUCUAAAUCUACACAAUCUAUAGCAUAUAAACCUACAGCACCACCCCCACCCCCACCGUCACGAUCGACAACAACGACUACACCUUCAAUUUCAACAGCAGCAGCAACGACGUCAGCUGCACCACCAGGCCCACGCCCACGAAAAUCAUCCGACCUGUAUUCUGGUGGUUCAGAAGAUGAGUAUGUACCACCCGUAUCCAAAGCCCGGAAAAACACUGCAAAAGCAAAGGCGAAGACGAAAGCAAAAGCAAAGCCUCCUCCUGCGGCUAAACCGAAAGCAUCCACUUCAACUUCAGCUUCAACAUCAGUUUCCUCCUCUAAGAGCGCGACGUCCACUAAAGCUAAACCUAAAUCCAAGGCCAAGGCUGCACCUCCGCCUCCUACCAAACAUGUAUCGACGCGACCUAUAAAUGCGCAGUUACCCGAUAUCCCAGAGGAGGACGAAGGAGAAGAAGCUGAGCCGGCAGUUCCACCUACCAAAGCCCGCACAGCUGUACCUGCCAAUACCACAACAACAUCCAAGGUCGUCAGUGACAAAGGCAAGAAGCGCGUUCAGCAAAACGACAACGAGGGCGAAUCGGAAGAGGAGGGGGAAGGUAGCCCUGAACCGCCGAAAAAGCGCGUUAAAAAGUCGGAUAGCCAGAAAGACGCCGAUAAAGCUUCGAAAGGCAAGGGAGCUGCGUCUUCUGCUAUUGCAGUUACGGAAGCGGAUAAGAAGAUGAAGAAACACGCGUCUUUCGAAUUCUCUGUGGGAGAGAAAACGAAGGGUAAGGAAAAGGAGAAGGAGAAGGAAAGGAAGAAAGUCCCGGAACCGUCUUCAAAGUCAGCAAUAACCACAACAAAAGGCAAAAGCAAGGCACCUUCAACCAAGUCGACAAAGGCCAGCACCAGAAACGAAACGGACGCCGACAGCUUUGAAUCGGAGGAGGAGUUGACAGGGCCCGUGUCACCUGUUAAGAAGGGGUUCACGAUGUCCAAUUCCAAAGGUUCCACAUGGCCAGACGAGGCGCCUCUCAAGCAGGCCAAGUCGAAAGUGAAAGAGAAAGGGAAUGAGCAGAAGAAGCCUGCGGGGUCAAAGAAACGUCCGCGAACCGAGGGUCCCAACGACGAUGGGGCAGAUGCAAAUGAAUCGGCGGAGAGGAAGGCUAAGCGCACGAAGGUUUUAUCUGAGGUCAAAGAAGGCAAGGGUAAAGGCUCUACCACUAAGAAACCGGCUGCCAAUACCAAAUCCAAAUCCAAACCGAAGUCUUCAAACAAGACGGCAAAAUCCAAAGCUAACCCUGCUGCACCACCUCAACCAAUGGCGCCGGUUCGACGCGGACCACCCAAGAGCGUUCUUCAACGAAUCCAAAACUUGAAUUCUCAACCAGUCGAAGUGGACAACGAACCUGAUCCUAUCGAUUUUCUAUCAUAA